AUGGCAUCGUCGAUUACAGGAUCCCCCACCAAUUCAACCAGCGGAGCAGCAUUGGUAGAACAAACAGCUCCAGCACUGCCCGUCACCAACAUGGCCCACAUCCACAAGCCUUUCAAGAAGCCAGGAUGGCAUGCCUCCAAAAAGACAAAGAACCUGAAGCAGAUUAUCACAGCGGACAAGGCCAAAGAGUGGAAAGCAAACACACCCACCUAUUGGAACAUUGAGGCGUUGCCGUCGAUGACUCCUCAGAAGAAGUACUGCGAUAUCACUGGACUGGAGGCACGGUAUACGGAUCCCAAGACUCGACUUCGGUACCACUCAACGGAGGUGUACCAGCUAAUCAAGAGCCAGCCCAUUGGUGUUGUGCAGCAGUACCUCGGUCUUCGCAACGCAGCGGUUGUCCUCAAGUGA